AUGCUAAAGACUGGCAAGUCGCAGCAUGAAUUGAUCACCCGAGAACGAAUGAUGCAGGAUAUGCUGUUCCGAGAUGCGGCAGACGCGGAUGGGAAGAGGUAUUAUGGCAACUUUUUGCGCAAUACAGAUACCUUUGACCAUAAGUUCUUCAAGCGCAGCCCACGCGAGUCGCAGGCGAUGGAUCCGCAGUGCAGGAUAUCGCUGCAGGCGGCUUACCAGGCGGUCGAGCAGUCGGGCUACUUCACCGAGUCAAAAACGAAGAAGAACAAAGAAGCGGAGCACAUUGGCUGCUACCUAGGUGUGUGCGGUGUCGACUAUGAACAUAACAUAUCCUGUCAUGCGCCGAGCCCAUUUACGGCGACGGGCGGUCUGCGCGGUUUUAUUACCGGCCUGAUCGCGCACUUUUUUGGGUUUACGGGCCCGGCAAUGACAUUCGAUACGGCCUGCUCAUCGUCGACGGUAGCGAUGCACACGGCUUGCCGUAACCUACUGUCAGGCGAGACGACGGCGGCGCUGGUAGGUGGUGUCAACGUUAUAACCAACAUGCAGUGGUUACAGAACUUCAGCGCUGGCAGCUUCUUAAAUCCGAUUGGUCAAUGUAAGCCGUUUGAUCGUGAUGCCGAUGGCUACUGUCGAGCAGAAGGUGUCGCUUUCGUCUUCCUGAAAAAGCUAUCAGACGCUAAGGCUGCUGGCAACAUGGUGCUAGGAACGAUCAAAGCGACAGCGGUUAACCAGAACCUUAAUGUCACGCCAUUGUUUGUACCUAAUGUGCCAUCGCUAUCGAAGCUGUUCCGAGGUGUGAUUCGUAAGGCUGGCGUUGACCCAUCUGAGAAAUCCUUAGUUGAAGCCCAUGGCACUGGCACACCGGUUGGCGACCCAGCAGAGUACGAGAGUGUCAAACUAGCGGUGUCCAGUUCUCAUCGCAAUACCGCCGUGGCCAUCGGCUCGGUGAAAGGCCAUGUAGGUCACACAGAGGGGGCAUCAGGGGUGAUCGCGCUGGUGAAAGUGCUUAUGAUGAUGCGCGACGGCUUUAUCCCACCUCAGGCCAGCUUCACGCGUAUGAACCCGCACAUCCACACCUCGGCGGCUGACAUGAUAGAGGUAGUAACGGAGCUGCGACCGUGGCCUGCCGAUCGCAAGAUCGCGCUGCUUAACAACUACGGCGCCUGCGGGUCCAACGCCAGUCUUAUACGCGUCCGCGUCGGGGAUAUCCAAAAGGAAGCAACUCUGGCCGAUGUGGCAUUCAACAUGGCCCGGCAGUCGAACCCGGGCGUACCGCAGGGGCUUGUCUUUAGCUGUCGUUCGCUGGAGGAGUUGCAGGAAAAGCUCGCACUGGCUGCCGCGGCUACAAAAGAAACAGCCGCAAGCGCUAGGAUCGCUGUUGCCAAGACGGAACGGCCCGACGUGUUAUGCUUUGGCGGCCAAAACUCAAAGUUUAUCGGGCUGGAUCGUGCGCUUUACGAGGGAGUAGCCAUUUUGCGGCAGCACCUAGAUGCAUGCGAUGCGGCCAUCACGGCAAUGGGCUUGAGCAGUAUUUUCCCUAGUAUCUUCUCGCGCGAGCCAAUUCAAGAUGUCGUCCAACUGCAAAUGGCGCUAUUCGCUAUACAGUACGCCAGCGCCCGGGUGUGGAUGGACUGUGGGCUGGCUGCGAAGAUCGUCUCAGUCGUGGGUCACAGCUUCGGCGAGAUCACGGCGCUUUGCGUGUCCGCCAAUCCUGAGUUAGCUAGAGCCGGUAUAAAGAGCAAGCGGCUCAAUGUCACCAACGCCUUCCACUCAAUGCUGGUAGAGAACCUCGUUGGCGAACUCGGAAACAUUGGUCGGGGGCUUACCUUCAAUGGCGCCGUGAUUCCGGUCGAAAGGGCUACCGAACACGAUUCAACAGACGACCCGUUGGACUGGACCUUUGUGCCAUCGCAUAUGCGCCGUCCAGUCUACUUCAACCACGCUGUGCAGCAGCUAGCUAAGAAAUAUCCGCAAGCCAUAUUCCUGGAAGCCGGUUCUAACUCGACAAUCACAAUGAUGGUAAGUAAGGCAUUAGCCCAGGUCACUUUGGCCAGCCCCGACUCGCUCGCUUUCCAUGCACUGUCCAUCACCAACACUGAAAAGGGUUUCGACGCCCUCACAGAUGCUACAGCCGGCGAGUAUACACAGCUACUACUGCCACCGUACCAGUUCGAAAAGUUCCGCCACCGGCCCGAUGUGAAGUCACCAACCGAAGUUGUCACCAAUGCAGCCCAGGCUAUGAUUGCAGCAGGAGGUUAUACUACCGCAGGGGCUACUGCCUCUGCCACUCAAAUGGAAGGCGACGCCCGGAAUCUCCUCAUUUGGACAUUCAUCGGCUAUCAGGACACCAAAAGGGACAAAAGAAACCUGUCAUCGCUGGAUAAGACCGAGAUGAAGUGGCACUUUAGCCUACACAGCGUGAGCAACGGAAAUGGAGACAGCAACUCACAGGCCCACGCUGAGGCCGUGAUACGCAUGCGCGCGCCGGCCGAUGCCUCCUUUUUACAAAAGUUUGGCUAUUACGAGCGUCUGGUAAGCCACGAACAGUGCCAGUCCCUGCUCAAGCUAAACCUCGAGGACGACGGCGUUGAGGUGCUGCACGGCCGGAACCUGUACCGCGCAUUCUCUGAAAUUGUCGACUUCGGGCCGGUCUACCGCGGCGUUAAAUAUAUCGUCGGCCGCCGCGGCGAGAGCGCUGGUGUUAUUCAUAAACGUCAUCAGGGCCACACCUGGCUCGACGUGCCAAUGAGCGACUCGUUUGGCCAGGCCGCUGGCAUUCAUAUGAAUCUGCUAACUGAGAGCCUGUCGCCGACCAACAUGUUCAUUGCGAACGGCUGCGAGCUCCCGAUGCGAUCGCCAAAGGCUCCCGUAGAGAUGUCUGGGAAAGAGAACGGACCUGGCAUCUGGCACGUCCAUGCCCGCCACACCCGUCAGUCUGACAAUGCCUAUAUCACCGACGUCUUUGUCUUUGAUGCCGCCACCGGUGAAUUGGCCGAGGUCAUGCUGGGCCUACAGUAUACAUGCGUGCCCAAAGCGUCUAUGAGUAAGAUCCUCGCGCGUUUUACAAAGGACCAAGAGUUCCUCAGAAAGCCAGCAGCGGUAGAAUCUGCUUCGGCUGCCACUGCUAUUGCUGCUGCUCCCCCAGCUACAGUUACUGCUACUACUUCUAAAGCCGUCAAGUCCAGUGCUAUGGCAAAGAAACCAAAGAAGAAGACUCGCGACAUCACCGAAGAGGUGUGCAACUUGGUCGCCAACGUCUCCGGUGUUGAGCCAAGCGAGAUGACCCUCGACAGUGAGAUGGCUGACCUGGGUAUCGACUCGCUAAUGGGCAUGGAGCUGGCUCGCGAGGUCUAG